AUGUAGUCACUGACAGGCUUCAGCUUCUUUAUAUUAAUUUCACAUUGAGUUGUCCAACCCCAAGUCACCAACCCCCCCAAUCCGGCAGCGCUCUCUCAAAAACCCAGAUCAAAACAAACCUUCCCCAUAACACUCACCUCACACAAAACCCAGAGAAGUUAAAUCCCAGGAGAAAAAUGUGGCUGGCGUGCGUCUGCGACGAGGAAGAGAAGGAGCUGGGGAGGCAGCAAGCUCCUGGAUCAUGCCCGCACUGCCGAGGCAAAGUGCAAGCGGUGGAUGUCGAGGCUCAACGGAAGCUUUGCUUUCUGCCCUUGUGCUUCAAGAUUAAGAGGAAGUACUUCUGUACUCUCUGCUCCAGGCGCUUGGUCCUGGACUACUAGAUAACGCCAACAACUAUAUGUAAUUAUAUUAGUAUCAGAGACCCAAGAAAUCGUAGCUAGAUUUGUGAUCCUCUCUCUCUCUCUCUCUCUCUCUCUGUCUCUCUCUCUAUUAUGCUAUUUUAGUUUUGAGUACAAUUAUUAAUGGGAUUCAGGAUCCAGCUGGGGUUUUUUUGUACAAAUUAUUGUUGGAUGGUUUUUUUUAAUGCUAAAUUGCUAAUGACAGUGACAUGCAACUGCUGCUGUUAAGUCUAA